GUCAUGGAUACAAAGGACAUAGACAACAUCCUAUCACAAGUCGCACAAAAUGAAGGCAUCCUAAACUACGAAUUUAAUUUUGGCGAGAAAAACGAAGCAUUCGCCGGAUUUAUCGGCGAUUUCGUGUUUGUCAAAAUAAACGACAAAGAUUCGGAGAAAGAGUUGGAUUUGGCCAUCAAGCUGUCCCAUCGAGAAGAAAGUCAGAGGGAACGAGUGCCAACGCGGACCACGUUCGAAAAUGAAGCACACUUGUACACGAAAUUUUGGCCUGAACUGAGCAAGUUUCAGAAAUCCCACAGAAUAACCAAACCGUUCGACAGCAUCGGUAAUUGCUACACUUGGUCUUUGGAGGAGAACCACGAGUACAUCGUGAUGCAGAACCUAAAAAAUCAAGGAUACGGCCUUUUUCCGAAAACUUAUUCGUUCACGUACGAAGACAGCAAAUUAAUAUUUCAAACCUACGCCCGAUACCAUGCAAUAUCGUUCGCAAUGAGGCAGCAGUGUCCUGAAAAAUUACAAGAAAUAUUCGAUUCUACUCACAAUGUCUACGAGGAAAUUUACAGCACCGAGAAUUUUGCCUCAGCUCUCACUACAGUUGUGAAGAAUAAUCUCAAAAUUUUAGAAACAGCUAAUGAUGAAGAAAUUACCAAACAAUUUUCGCCGUACGCGGAAAAUUCAAUGGACCUGUUUCGAAGCGUUUUAAAUUACAAGGGAAAGUAUCCGGUUUUGACGCACGGUGACUGUUGGAGCAAUAAUUUAAUGAUUAAAAGAAACGAAAAUGGGCUACUCACUGAUAUUAAACUGAUCGAUUGGCAGUUGGUCCGACCGGCGUCAGUGGUACAUGAUCUGUCCUAUUGUUUUUACUCCGCAGCAUCUAAAGAUGCGUUGGAUCGGUUAGACGAUCUUCUUAAAAUAUACCACGAGUGCCUCACUCAAAACCUAAGGGAAAUGGGGGAGGAUUCAGAAAAGUUGUUUUCAUUCGAAGCACUGAAGAACGAAUGGAAAGAAUAUUGUAAAUUUGGAUUUAUCUUUUCAUUGUUGAUCCUUAGAAUGAAGUUUGCUAAACCUAAUGAGAUACAAUCACAAGAGAAAAACGUGUCUUUUGCAACGUGUGAUGUUGAUUCCCAAUAUGAGGGAAAAGUGAUAGACUUGAUACGACACUUUUUUGAAAUAAAAGCAUUGUAGUCUUGUAGAAAAAUUGUUUGAUUAGAAUUAAUAAAUAUGUUAAUAUAU